AUGGCGUGUCAGACAUUCAGCGCCGACUCAUUCGCCACACUCGCCGGUGAUGCGGCCCUGCCGAUCCUCAUGCACCACGCCUCUCCCAGCGACUGCCUGCCGACCACCUCGCACGCUCACAACAUGGUGUCUGCAGUACCAUCUGGACUGUCCCUGGGUCAGUCCUCCAAACGCUCCCAUAUGCACCUGGCUGCCUCCUCCCUCAGCAACCCUCUGGCCAAUGCCCCGCCCAGCCUACAUUACCCAGUCACCCCGUGUCACUACAGCAACCAGCAGGCUACCUAUGGCAUGAUGGCAGCUCAGGAGAUGCUUUCUGCAAGUAUUUCUCAGACUCGCAUCCUGCAGACAUGCAGUGUCCCUCACCCAAACAUGGUGAGUGGUGCAAACCCACUACAAGGGUCUCUUACUCCUUGCCUGUACAAGUUCCCAGACCAUGGUCUUAGUACCAGCUCUUGUGCAAUAAGCCAUGGCUUUUCCUCACUGCCACCGGCAAUCCUCUCAUCUGAUGAGGUCCCUGGUGUUGGAGAAAUAAAAACUGAUCUGCACAGAAAGAGCAUGCGGGACCCAGAGGACAUCCCCGCAAUGGACUCUCCACAGAUACGAGAGCUCGAACGUUUUGCCAAUGACUUUAAAAUACGUAGGAUCAAACUUGGCUACACCCAGACUAACGUAGGCGAGGCUCUAGCAGCAGUGCACGGCUCAGAGUUCAGUCAGACGACGAUCUGCCGUUUUGAAAACCUGCAGCUGAGUUUUAAAAAUGCCUGCAAACUCAAGGCCAUUCUGGCUAAGUGGUUGGAAGAAGCUGAGCAGGCAGGCGCUUUAUACAAUGAGAAAAUGGGGAUAAACGAGCGGAAGAGGAAAAGAAGAACCACCAUCAGCCUGGGAGCUAAAGAGGCUUUAGAGCGAAGCUUCAUGGAUAAAAGUAAGCCGUCCUCACAGGAAAUAGCCCGGAUGGCUAAAGGCCUCCAUCUGGAGAAGGAGGUGGUGAGAGUGUGGUUCUGCAACAGACGUCAACGGGAGAAACGCGUCAAAACCAGCCUUCAUCUUACCUCCUAUUUGACCAAAAUGAGUCCUAACUGCCGGUAGCACAGAUCAGAAAACAGAUCAAUAAACUGAUCACUGACACGA